AUGUCGAGUCACGGCGUUCCCCGCGGGCCCCGGACACGAACGGACGAGCAGAAGCGACUCGACUCGGAAAAAAUCCAAAAAUACCGCGAACUGGAAGAACAGAUACAAUCAAGUCCCACCUACGACGCGACCGUCUUCCAAAACACCACGAAGCUUCUCCGACUGAACCCCGAAUACUACACCGUAUGGAACGUCCGCAGGCGCUGCCUAACUUCCUCCUUGUUGUCCAAACGGCCGCCUGGGUUACCGUCCUCGGGUGCGUCUUCGAGUACGUCUCCGACCGGAACCUCGACGUUGCCGUCCGCCGCGCCGUCAGGUUCUUCCUCGGCCGCGAUCCCAUCGAGCAGCCCGUCAACGCAGACGGACUUGUCAACGCCCUCACCUGAUAAAGGGGUCAAGGGCGAAGACGAAACACACAGCAAGAGAGACCAAGAUCUAGAGGCACAAAGAAAGAACGACACUGACGUCCUGGUAUCUGAGCUGCACUUUACUAUCCCGCUGCUGCUCGAGUUUCCCAAGUGCUACUGGAUCUGGAGCUACCGCUUGUGGGUCCUCGAGCAGGCCGUGGCAAGGCUCGAUGUGGCUCGCGCGCGGCGCAUUUGGGAGGAGGAGUUGGCACUGGACUCAAAGAUGCUGACCAAGGACCGUCGCAACUUCCACGCGUGGGGCUACCGGCGGCAAGUCAUUGAGCGGCUAGAGAGCAAGGAACUGAGCCUCGACGGUGGCGCGACGACAACGAGCCUGGUCGAGCCCGAGUUUGCAUACACCACCAAGAUGAUCCACCAAGACCUGUCAAACUUCUCGGCGUGGCACAACCGCAGCAAACUCAUCCCUCGAUUGCUUGCAGAGCGCAAUGCCGACGAUGCGGCGCGUAAGGCGUUUUUAGAAGAGGAACUCGGCAUCAUUCGUGAAGCACUGAACGUAGGCCCAGAAGACCAGUCUCUCUGGUUCUACCACCAGUUUCUCAUGCUCGAUCUCACGGAAUACGUUGGGCGGCCGACGAUCGUGCCGGACCUGUCUCUCGAAGAGCGCAUGGCAUACAUUGCGCGCGAACUCGACGACAUCCGCGACCUGCUCUCCGACUACGACGACGUAAAGUGGAUCUACGAAGCGCUGUUUGAAUACACGUUGGCUGUCGCGAAGAUGGAGGAGCGGCCACUGGCCGAGAACGAGCGGAGAGAUGUCGAAGCGUGGCUGGCGCAACUACGGAAGCUGGAUCCGAAGCGUAGCGGGCGGUGGGAUGACCUCGACAUGGAACACAUUCGCGGGCGGCAGCCACGUUUUGCACAAGAGUCAAAUUAG